AUGAACAUCAGAGAGUCCACACUGGAGGGAAACCCUAUAUAUGUGAUGAGUGGGAAAGGAUUCAUAAAAAAGUCAAAUCUUCAUGAACAUCAGAGAGUCCACACAGGAGAACCCUAUAUAUGUGAUGAGUGUGGGAAAGGAUUCAUAAAAAAGUCAAAUCUUCAUGAACAUCAGAGAGUCCACACAGGUGAGAAGCCCUAUAUAUGUGAUGAGUGUGGGAAAGGAUUCAUAAAAAAGUCAAAUCUUCAUGAACAUCAGAGAGUCCACACUGGAGGGAAACCCUAUAUAUGUGAUGAGUGUGAGAAAGGAUUCGUAAAAAAGUCAAAUCUUCAUGAACAUCAGAGAGUCCACACUGGAGAGAAGCUCUAUGUAUGUGAUGAGUGUGGGAAAGGAUUCAUAAAAAAGUCAAAUCUUCACAAACAUCAGAGAGUCCACACUGGAGAGAAGCUCUAUGUAUGUGAUGAGUGUGGGAAAGGAUUCAUAAAAAAGUCAAAUCUUCAUGAACAUCAGAGAGUCCACACUGGAGGGAAACCCUAUAUAUGUGAUGAGUGUGAGAAAGGAUUCAUAAAAAAGUCAAAUCUUCAUGAACAUCAGGGAGUCCACACUGGAGAGAAGCUCUAUGUAUGUGAUGAGUGUGGGAAAGGAUUCAUAAAAAAGUCAAAUCUUCAUGAACAUCAGAGAGUCCACACUGGAGAGAAGCUCUAUGUAUGUGAUGAGUGUGGGAAAGGAUUCAUAAAAAAGUCAAAUCUUCAUGAACAUCAGAGAGUCCACACUGGAGAGAAGCUCUAUGUAUGUGAUGAGUGUGGGAAAGGAUUCAUAAAAAAGUCAAAUCUUCACAAACAUCAGAGAGUCCACACAGGUGAGAAGCCCUAUAUAUGUGAUGAGUGUGGGAAAGGAUUCAUAAAAAAGUCAAAUCUUCAUGAACAUCAGAGAGUCCACACUGGAGAGAAACCCUAUAUAUGUGAUGAGUGUGGGAAAGGAUUCAAACGGAAGUCAGAUCUUUAUAAACAUCAUAAAAUUAGCGAACUGGGGGUGACGGCCAGCAGCAUCGCCCACCCCAUUGCUUCUGUACUGACCAGGCACAUGCUGGUUCCUUCAGCAGCACACAUGGGUCUGGCGUUCCUUGCCAGCAGAGGUUCCCUCAAUCCUCAAGGCUUAGCUACCCAACUCCCCUCACUGUCCUAG